AUGGCCCACGAUUCCGAGCUCGAGCUGUCAGACGAAAAAGUCGUGCCUUCUAUCAACCAAGAAAAGCACUCCUUUUUCCAACGGCAUCUCGACAACCACCCCCGAAUGGCCCAAUACAACUCGCAACUGCAGCGGUUCCUCAAGUGGAUCGAGGUCCCGACCAAGGAAGGAGAGAUCAACACAUUUCUCAACAACGAGGAUCUGAAACCGGUCGAGGUCGCCCGCCAGACCUGGGGAUGGAAGAACUUCGUGUCCUUCUGGAUCGCAGACUCCUUCAACAUCAACACCUGGGAAAUUGCCGCCACAGGCAUCCAGCUGGGACUCACCUGGUGGCAGGUCUGGCUGUGCGUGUGGAUCGGCUACUUCUUCUGCGGAGUCUUUGUGGUCCUGUCUGGACGAAUCGGAGCAAUCUACCACGUGUCGUUUCCCGUGGCCGGCCGGUCGACAUUUGGAAUCUUUGGCUCCAUCUGGCCCGUUAUCAACCGAGUGGUCAUGGCCUGCGUGUGGUACGGAGUCCAGGGCUGGCUGGGAGGCCAGUGUAUCCAGGUGUGUCUUCUGGCAAUCUGGCCUAGUGCUCGACACAUGAAAAACGGAAUCCCCGGAAGUGGAACCACCACCUUUGAGUUCCUCUCCUACUUUCUGUUCUGGCUCUUCUCCCUGCCCUUCAUCUACAUCAGACCCCACAACCUGCGGCACCUUUUCAUGGUCAAGGCCGCCAUCGUGCCUGUCGCAGGCAUCUCAUUCCUGGUCUGGACCUGUGUCAAGGCCCACGGAAUCGGUCCCAUCAUGAAACAGCCCGCCACCGUUCACGGCUCGGUCAUGGGCUGGGCCUUUAUGACCGCCAUCAUGAACUCGCUGUCCAACUUUGCUACCAUCAUUGUCAACGCCCCGGACUUCACCCGUUUCGCCAAAGAACCUAACGCCAUUGUGCUGUCGCAGCUCAUUGCCGUGCCCACUGCAUUCUCACUGACAUCAUUCAUCGGUAUCAUUGUGUCAUCUUCGGCCACCGUUCUCUACGACGAAAACAUCUGGAACCCCCUGGACGUUCUGCACAAGUUCCUGGAAGGAAACAAGUCCGGCAGCCGAGCCGGCGUCUUCUUCCUGGGCUUUGCCUUUGCCGUGGCGCAGUUGGGAACCAACAUUGCCGCCAACUCGCUGUCGGCAGGCACAGACAUGACCGCGCUGCUGCCCAAGUACAUCAAUAUUCGACGAGGAGGUUUCAUCUGCGCAGGCAUUGCUCUCUGCAUCUGUCCCUGGCACCUGCUCUCUUCCUCCUCAAACUUCACCACCUACCUGUCUGCAUACGCCACUUUCCUGUCGGCCAUUGCAGGCUGCUCUUUCAGUGACUACUACCUUGUACGAAAGGGCUACAUCUACGUCGGCGACCUCUACAACGCCUCUAAGGGCUCCACCUACAUGUACCGGUACGGAGUCAACUGGCGGGCAUUUGCAGCCUACUUUUGCGGUAUCGCAAUCAACGUGGUGGGCUUUGCCGACGCUGUGUCCGACGGAGGAGUCAACGAAACCGCCCGAAAGAUGUACCAACUCAACUUCUUCCUGGGCUUCCUGGUGUCGGCCAUUUCAUACUACGGCUUCAACUGGCUAUCUCCAGUGGUAGGCGCUCGAGAGACAUGGAGCGAGGACCCCAACGCCUCGGCCAUGUACGACGAGAUCACCACCGACGAGCUUUCUCAAGACUCGCAGUCGUACGACCCCGAGGAAUGGGACAGAAAAAUUGCCAACGACGACCCUGUCAAGACAACCGCCAUUAUCUCCUAA